GAGAGUACAAAGGGACCCCAGAGCGCUGGUGAUGCAAGCACUGUGUCCAGUGUCCAGUGCUUACCCCACACGCUGCCUGGGGGGCUGAGGUGGGACAGGGAGGAACAUCCCUGUCGCGGCUGAACCUGAAGACAAGCAAACAGCGAUACCAGCGGGCUAAUCAGCAGCCUGUCUGCUGUGUCUCAGGGGCCUGGUGCUGAUGACCCGGGACACAGUGGCGUGUUUUCUCCAGCUCACUGUGGAGGAAUGCGGCUAAGCUGUGAGGAGUGGAGGGCUGGCUCAUUGUGACCAGGCAAACAGAGUAACUUACAUUUACUGUGCUUCAUUCAGGGAAGGCCACGUUGCUUCAGGUGAGUAUCACUAGGUAAACAUUUACCUUGUAAACGCCUGUGGCAGAGUGUGAUCUCAGAUGGGUGCCAGACUGCUGAGAAAGUUGUCAUGAGAAUACAAAGCUGUCAGUCGCCUACUGUCUGAAUAUUUUGGCCAUCACAGACACCAGCAGCUGCAUCAUUUGACUGUAUGAAAAUUUCACAGGCUCAGCAACUGCGUGUGACUGUAAAUAUUCGCACUUUCUCAGAUCUCCAUGGACUCGCUGCAGGACUCCAGUCACACAAUGUGGGCUCUGAAUGGCCGCCUGAAGAGCUUCUUGGAGCAGGUGAACCGGCUGCAGGAAGCCAACCGGCAGCUGGAGGCUCAGAUAGCCAGCUGGGGCGUCAGGAGCGCCUCACGUUCCCAGGACUGGUCCAAACAGGAACAGACUGUCAAGGAGCUCCGUGCCCAGGUUGGUAAGCUACUGAUGGAGAAUGCCCAACUGGCUUUACAGUCUGACAGCAUGAAGUCCAGAGCGGCUGCCAUCCAGGCCAGGUGUGAGACAGAAGAGAGGAACACCAGGUGUCUGGAGCAGCAGGUGGCUCUGCUCAGGGAGACCAAGAGGACGGCAGAUCGCAGCAGCACGACGCUGCACGCUGAGGUUCACCGCUCCAUGACGGAGCUGCAGGAGAUGCACCGGGAGUUUGAGGCAGCCCGGGCUCUGCAGCUGCAGCGGGCCGGUUCAUGUGAUGCUCUGCUAGCGACGGCCACAGCAGCAGCAGGAGGAGGAGGGGAGGACGAGGAUGGCACAGGGAUGGAGCUCACCCAGCUCCUCGACCGACUCAGAGCGCAGUGCGAACAGAGCAGACUCCCCGGCCCGGGGGAGAGACACCUCGGCCCGGGCAGCAUCUCAAACCCCCCGUCCGGCUCGGUCGGGCCUGCUCAUUUUGGAGCAGCAGCAUCAGCAUCCAGAACACACAGAGGAGCCCUCAGCGAGGAGGAGGCAGCGUGGGCGCAGGUGAGCCUCGGCGGUGCCGCCCUGAGGGAGGCACGGGCCGAGCUAGCUGAGGCCAGGAAGCAGUGGCACUGUCUGCAAGUGGAGAUUGAGACCCUACAUGCUAUGGAGAAAGGCCUGGAGACCUCCCUGCAGCACACCCAGCAGCUGUACUCCAGCCAGCUGCAGGACCUUUCCCAGGUGAUCUCUGGACUGGAGAGCGAGCUGCAGCAGGUGAGGAGCGGGCUGGCCACCCAGCGCCAGCGCCACAGCCAGCUUCUCAACACCAAGAUGAGGCUGGAGCGGGAGAUCGCCACUUACCGCCGUUUGCUAGAGCGCGAGGAGGGCAGGUAUAUGGGUCGCACUGCACAGCCAAUGGUUCUGCAGCCAUGGAGGUCUUCAGUGGUGGAGCCAAAGGAGAACGGGCUGGAAAAUGGCUUCAGUGAUCCCGCCGUUACUCCCGAUGAACCCAAGUCAGAGCCCCUGCCUGAUAUACCUUCACUCCUCCCAACAGAAAACGGGCUAAAGAAAAGCAUACUGUACAGACAGCGAAGCCUCGUGAUACUCACAGAGUCAGAGCUGGAUAAAGACUUGCCAAUCUCCACCGUGAAGACUCAGGAGAUUCUUCAGGGCAACGUGGUGCAAGAGAGUGCAGAGGGCCACGGCACCGUUGAGACAGAGAAGAUUGACAAGGUGAUAAAGCAGUGGGAGGGCUCCUUCUUCAGAGGGAAUCCCAAGCUGAGGAAGAAGUCCGUGUCGCUGCGCUUCGACCUGCACAUGGCCGCGGCCGACGAGGGCUGCGCCCAAACUAAACAGGACAGCCUCCCCGACGUGGAGGUGCGUCUCAUCAUGAAGAGAUCCCGCAGCAUCCCGACCAUCACGCCGUAACUCGGUCAGCGUUCGGCCCGGUUUGUGGUAACGAGAAUAACGGCGGGGGUGUUACCACCAAUUACCAUCGUGCUUAAUUUUAGCUGAGGACCUCUCAUCUCUGACAGGAUAUUCAUUACCCAUCAGGCUUUUGUGGUGGCCAUUUUUAUAGUGUCAAAAAGACUCACAGUCAUUACCUUACAGAGUAUAAUUUAAUAUGUAAAACAUAUUUCUGCGUCAUCAUUUUAGAUGAAGAAAAAGUGUCGUUUACCAGCUUGUUUCAGUUAGAUUUCGCCUGAUCAAAGACAUCCUAAUAACGACUCUGCUUAACUACAGCAUUUAAUCCUGAUUAACACCUGGUGCACAGGUAGACUCAGACAAAUGGAGACGAUCCCCUGAAGCUGCUGUGAUCUUCCUAAGAGUGGAUUUAUUUCCUGGUUUUAGUAGAUUUUCUGUAUGGGACUGUAUGGAAAUUAUUACUGAGGGUUUUUCUGUAAUAAUGUAGCAUUCAUCACAUAGUAGCUCCAGCUUUCACUUCAGUCUGCAUCUCAACAGAACGCUGAUCAAAUUAUGUGUGAAAUAUUAAAAAAAUUGAUACAGUAAUUAGAAAAUUGAUGGAAUCAUUUGGGAAAUGACAUUUUCUCUUCUGAGAAGUACAUGAAAAUUAUUUUCCCAUGAAAACAUUAAAAUAUAAAUGGGAGCACACACUUUUAGUCUGAAGAUUUCUGCAUCAGGAACAGUUACAAACAUGCAGUUUGUAGCAUUUUAUUCAGAAAACUUUGACCAAAGAGGCUGCCGAGUGUUAUUCAGACUGAAAUAAUAAUAUAAACUGUAGUUUGUGCUUUCAUGAAAAAAAAGAGCAAAAAGAAAACAAAAGGAAGGAAGGAAAUUUCAAACUAAAAGCCAAAUGUUGGAAUUGUGGUAAUUUUUUGGGGUGAUUCAGUAACAUCUGUGUCACUAACCCUUUGAUCUGUUACAUUCUCUGAUUUACGUUUUUGUGUUGGGGAGACGUAUUUUUGGCAGUAAUCUGUCAAAGCUCUCUCCGUCCUGGUGAAACUAAACUAUCCAAAAUGAUCCCCAAUAGUCCGCACUGUUCAUCCACACCAAAGAUGUUCAUUCUGGUCUUCACUCAGUGUGAUUUGUUUGUUCGUAGCUCCAAGAUGUUCCUCCUGUGUUGGUCGGUGAGUAGUUUAAACUGCAGCCCAGUCGCAUAUUUAGGACCGUCUGACUGCAGCCGCGGCCGGCGUCGACUAACCAACUAACGAGAGCGGAGCAUGAAAUUAUGGGCUCGUCAAAAGUCUCAUUAGGUCACUUUAAUCAUGCAGCACAUCAGAAACAGGAGACGACACAAAGUGCUUCUCAGUUGUUCUGUAUACAGAAAUGGGCUCGUGAGCAGGAAGUGCAGGUGAGCGUGAAAACAGCUCAAAACGGCCACAGAGAAAAUAUAAAAAGAAAGAAAGAAAAAUGAAUUAUGAAUCAUAGUGAUAAAUAAAUAUGAAUAACUGUAAAAAAUAUAAUAAAAGGUCAUCAAAUAGAACUGAUUUAAACACUUUUCCAGACCCUGGGGACAAAAACAGGGAACGAGCAGCUCACCUUUGGAUUUCAGGUGAGAGGAGGAGCUCUUAGUGAAGGUGACCUUUGAGGGCAACAAGCCCAAAAAACAAACAGAACAGCUGGAAACAAAUCAAAUGUAACUGAGAAGUGGUUUAAAGAAGCUAGUUUGCAAAUAGAGAAACAUCCCAUAAUUCAGCCGGUAUUCCCAUCCAUCCAUUUUCCUGACCUCCUGUGCAGCGGUGGGGGGCUGGAGUCUGUCCCAGCUGUCACAGGGUGAAGGGCGGGUAGUCAGUAAACUGUUACUGACUAAAUUUCAGGGUUUGCUUUAUUUUCCCAAUAAAACACAUUUAAAAAUCUCUUUUUCUAAACGGUGGGAGAUACUUUAACAAUCUUAAAAAUGAAAGAAAAACAUGAACACGUCGGUCACUCAAACAGGCUUAUAGAUCAUAACCACAGUAACCAUCUCUGACACUUUCAGGUACCAAUAACAUCAAAUAUUAAACUGAGUCUUAAACUUGGAUUUUAAUGUCAGAGUUCAGCUCCCAGUAAUUUCCCUACAGUCCCUCACGGCUUUGCACUGCGGACACAUGCAGCAGUUAGAAGAACUGUUUUACUCUGAGGGUCUCCUCUCAUUGCAGUUAAUUCUCUGUGUGGAGAUUAAAAAAUAAAAUAUCACGACUCAAGCUGAUAACAUAGGCGACGCUGUAGGACGCUCACUGUGAGGCUCAUCUCACCGCGUGUCUCAGAGAAUUUAGGUUCCCCGUCUCAACCAGAGGAGGGCAGUAUUUGUAAUAGCUAACACUGCAGUGAGCUCUCAGUGCUCCACUCGGUUGUGUAACACGUGCCCUGUUGCACCUUAGACUCCAAGUUUUUAUGCUACCUUUUGAGUUGGCACCAAAGAUAUGAAAACAUAAGAGCUGGACCGCUGAGCGUUGCGUUUGGGUCCCUUAAAAUAUGUCAAGAAUAUUUAGAAAUAUAUUACCUAUGCAGUUCUGUGCUUGGUUUUGCUUUGCUUCAGGAAGCACACUCUUCAUUUUGAGAGCUCUGUAACUUCAGGAUGAAGUAUU